AUGAAAAUUUGAAACUCACCCACGUCGUAUAAACUCUUGAAUAUUCCUUUACUCCCCCGUCAUUUUAGAGUAAUAUUCUUCUUCUACUUCCUCAAAUAGCCGGUCACCAGUUAUAUAAAACCAAGCUCAGUUCCGACGCGUACAUACUUACAUACAUACGGCUGGUUUAGGCCGAGAGGGAGCUGAGGUCCUUGGUGCAGGCGGGGGCAAUAUGGGCGUGACAAGGACGAGAUUUUCCUCUUUCUCUUUCGUUCUUGCAGUUGUGGCCUUGAUCCUUAAUGCCGCAAAUUUUUGUAGUGGAGGAAUCACUAGCAGUUUUGUGAGGGUCGAUCGGAAAGGCAUCGAUAUGCCUCUUCACGCUGAUGUCUUCCGUGUCCCUCCCGGCUAUAAUGAGCCUCAGCAGGUACAUAUCACUCAAGGAGAUCUUGAGGGAAAGGCGGUGAUUGUGUCCUGGGUUACAGUGGAUGAACGUGGUUCAGAUACAGUUCUGUACUGGAGUGACAACGCUACAGAAAAACUCAAGGCUAAGGGAACGGUGACUAAAUACAAGUACUUUAAUUACACCUCUGGCUAUAUUCAUCAUGCUACCAUUAAACAUUUGCAGCAUGACACAAAGUACUACUACGAGGUGGGAAUUGAUCACACAAGCCGGACCUUCUGGUUCGUCACCCCUCCAAAAAUUGGCCCUGAUGUGCCUUAUACUUUUGGUCUCAUAGGGGAUCUUGGACAGAGUUUUGACUCAAACAGUACACUAACGCAUUACGAAUCAAAUCCAAGCAAAGGACAAGCGGUACUAUUUGUUGGUGAUCUCUCAUAUGCCGAUAACUAUCCUAAUCAUGACAAUGUGAGGUGGGAUACAUGGGGGAGAUUUGUGGAGAGAAGUGUUGCUUAUCAACCAUGGAUUUGGACUGCAGGAAAUCACGAGAUAGAUUUUGCCCCCGAAAUUGGUGAAACAAAACCUUUCAAGCCUUUCACUCACCGGUAUCAUGUUCCUUAUAAAGCAUCAAAUAGUACUGCUCCAUUUUGGUACUCAAUCAAGAGGGGUCCUGCAUAUAUCAUUGUUUUGGCUUCAUACUCAGCUUACGGUAAAUAUACUCCCCAGUACAAAUGGCUUGAGGGAGAGUUUCUAAAAGUCAACAGGAGUGAGACACCAUGGCUGAUCGUUCUAAUGCAUUCGCCAUGGUACAACAGCUACAAUUAUCACUACAUGGAAGGAGAAACCAUGCGAGUUAUGUACGAGCCAUGGUUUGUGCGGUACAAAGUUGAUCUUGUAUUUGCCGGUCAUGUUCAUGCUUAUGAACGAUCGGAACGCAUAUCAAACGUUGCAUACAACGUUGUAAAUGGUCUUUGCUCUCCUGUGAGUGAUCUUUCGGCCCCAGUAUACAUAACCAUUGGUGACGGAGGAAAUCUCGAGGGUUUGGCCACCAACAUGACGGAGCCACAGCCCAAGUACUCGGCUUAUCGCGAGGCCAGCUUCGGUCAUGCCAUUUUGGACAUCAAGAACCGUACACACGCCCGCUACGCUUGGCAUCGCAAUCAAGAUGGAAACGCUGUUGAAGCAGAUUCUAUGUGGUUUUAUAACCGACAUUGGCACCCAGUUGAUGAUUCUACGACUGCCAAACUAUGAUUGCAGAAAUUGUUGUUGUUCCUUUCCUCACCGUUUUUCUGUUCCUUCCCUUCUAGAUGGCAAUAACUACCCAGGUUAUUUUGAAACGGGCGGUAAUAACAACUGGAUUUGGAAUCAACGCAAGUUAAAUUUGUUAAUGAUUCCUCCUUUCUUCUUUUUUGUUUUCGUGCACUUCUGUUUGUGCAGUCGUCGUGUAUGGAAUUGGAUGUAGAAACGAACUGAGACUGAGAUUGUAGGAAACAUCUCCCGGCUGCUGUUCCUCUA